AAAUGUCAUGCAUCAGAUCCUUGUCAUCUCCACGUUCCAUGCAUGCCGCGCAAGCAGCGCAUCAUUUUAACAAGCGUUUUCGGUACCUCCCACGACCAAUGGAGAAACCUCCCCACCCUUGCCGCCUGCUAUGCCGACCCAAUUGCAUCCAUCACGCACACAAGGCCGCACUCAGCCGCCAUGUUCCUCUUGCCCUGGUCCGAAACCUGUCAAGAUCAUGAAUCUCGGGCUUGGAUCAUAUGCCCUGCGUUGGAGACUUUACCCCUCGUUUUCUGUGCUUGUACCACAACGGCAAGCGUGCUGUGAGAAUAUUCUGGCAGGCCGUCCCUCUCGUCAGAUUAGGGUCCGGUGUCGGUUCCUGGCACAAUUCCGCAUGCCAUGUAUGAACAAUAAACACCUCAGAACGC